UAAUCUAAUCCACUCACUGAAUUGAAUGGAUGCAUUCACCAGAGAUUCAAAAAUGGUAGUGGUUCUCAAAUGACAGCAGCAGUAAGCAAACAGCAAUGGGUUCCCAAGCAGCACUCUCGCUCUCGCAUAUGAUGAUGUCUUGCUCGUCCUCUCCCUUCGGUUUUGUGGUCUUAAACUCAUCAUUAUCUAAAACUUCACUCAGACCAUCCAUUUUCUCUCAGACACCACCUUCUGCGAAGCCCAGAAACUCCAUUUUCCUUAAAGCCACAAACCAAUAUCUUCUCAGAUUUCCAAGAUCAAAAACCAGAGCAACCCUCGAUGAAAAGGAACAAAGUGCUGCCGCCACCCCACUUCUUGACCAAGAUGAACAGCCCAAUAAAGAAGUUGAGGAGAGUGUGGAAGUGCUGAAAAAGGCUGCUAAGACAAGAACGGUUUCGGAAGAGGAGGUUUUGUCUGCUUUUUCUGUGAUUGAAAAGGCAAAAAUUGAUCCCUCCGGUUUUCUUGAUACGCUUGGUGGAUCAAAAUCCCCUGGCAGAACAUGGAUGCUUAUUUUUACCGCUGAGAAGCAAGUGAACCGGGGUCGUUAUUUUCCUCUUACAGCGAUUCAGAGGUUCGAUGCAGCCGCAAAGAGAAUCGAGAAUGGGGUAUAUCUUGGACCAAUUGGAUGCUUAACCUUUGAAGGUAGAUUUUCUUGGAAGCAGAGAAUACUGGCUUUCAUUUUUGAGUGUAUUCGGAUAAAAAUUGGGCCACUGAAGCCUUUAGAGAUCAGCCUUGGCCAGAAAGAAGACAGAGAUCCAAGCAACAAGGAUCCUUUCUUUAUCUGGUUUUAUGUUGAUGAAGAAAUAGCAGUGGCUCGAGGCAAGAGUGGGGGGACUGCAUUUUGGUGUCGCUGUCGCCGUGUCACUACUUGAUUUGUUAACACUCAAAUAUGUGCACUAAAAUCUCCCUGUACAUAGAGUUGGUAAAUAUUACUCCAAUUAGGGUUCUAUUGUCUCCCCCCAUGAUAGUUAAUAUGUUAUACAAUGUUUUGGUGGAACCAGCCUGUAUCUUGGAACCAGCUCCCGAUUCCCAAAUAGGAAUUUGUUACGAGGAUUUUGUGAUAUAUUUUUGUCAAUGAAGCAUUAAUGGUGUUCUAGCA